GGAGGGAAGGAAGACCCGACUCCCUGGACUGAAGUGGCCACACCCCCACCGUCCGACUUACACAGACGGGAUAUGCUACAUUUGCCUGCUUGGAGGUUACUUCCUUUUAAUUUGUAAAUAUAUAUCUCGUUCUUCAAUUAUGGCAACUAUGAUUGAAGGGUGUGUUGGUCCAAGUGAGCUUCACCUGAAGAAGGAACUUAUUGCCUUGAGAAAGGCACGUUUCUUGCGUGAUCCUGAAACAUGCUCAUCCUGGAGGUCCCCAUUAAGUUCUAAAACAUUCUUAACAACUUCUGGUGUUACACAUCACAAUGGGAUUGGCAGUAGUUUGUCACAACAGCACACAGAGCCAGCUGCUGCACCUCCCAAAAGUGAAAAGAAAAGGAAAAAUGUUUAUCUAUACAACUGGAGGCAUCAUUCUAACAAAUCCAGCGAAAGUGGGAUAAAGUUGGAUGCGGAUGAUAAGCAAGCCUCGGCAGACUGUAGCCUGGAAAGUCCAUGCAUUUCUAAUGGCGUGGAUUCUAGGAGUGACACAUGUCUGGAAGUUCCUGUUAGCAUAUACAGCGUUCAAGGCUCGAAUUCGUGCACUCCUGUUAAAAGAACUGUUAGAAGGGUGAGGAGGAGUUCAUUCUCAAAGAAAGGAGCUAUGAGGAAUUCAACAGUUUCAAAGUUGCUAGAUCUCCAUGUGAACUCAGGUGAGCAGUCUGAGGAUACUGAGAACUACAACUCUGAGAAUCACGAGCAGCUUCAGAAGACAGGCUAUUUUUCUCGCUCGACAUCACCACUUUUUGCUGCAUCGGGAUGUUUUAGCUCAUCGAAUCCCUCAAAGCUGCUGAGAGUGCCAAGAAGAGAAGGAUCUUCCUUUUCUUGCACUCCAGUCUCGACUAGCUCCUAUUACAGGUACAAAGGGAGGAAUCCUAGUACUGUAGGUUCAUGGGAUGGAACAACUGCUGCUUCACUUGAUGACGAUGGGCUGAACCAACCAGAACUGUUGACGAGUAGGUGUGGCAUUCCAUGCUAUUGGUCAAAGAGGAGUAGACAAAAGGGAUCUGAAAGGAGUUGUUCUCCUUCACUUUCUGAUACACUUAGAAGAAAAGGUAGCAGCCUUUUAUGUGGUAGUCAGACAAUGCAUCGAAGGAAGAAAUCAUCAGGCUCCAAUAAAUAUGGAUAUCUUAACAAAUCUUCCCAAGGUGUGCCGCUGUUGGGUGAUAGUAGUCAUUUUGCUUAUUCAUCAUUUGAUUCAGCAAGUGAAGUUUCAACCAUCUUUGGAGAAUUAGAUCUGGAAGCUUUGAGCCGUUUGGAUGGCAGAAGGUGGUCAAGCUGUAAAAGCCAGGAUGGGAUCGCACUUUCUGUGAGUGGAGCUGAUCAUGUAGUUCCAGACCACAGAAGCUUAAGCCAGAAAUAUCGACCAAGGUCAUUUCUCGAAAUUGUUGGUCAAAAUUUUGUUGUACAGUCACUUGGUAACGCCAUCACAAGGGAAAGAAUAGCCCCAGCAUAUCUGUUCCAUGGGCCUCGUGGGACUGGGAAAACAUCUGCUGCAAGAAUAUUUUCAGCAGCUUUGAGUUGUACUGCUACUGGAGAGGCCAAGCCCUGCGGACUUUGUACAGAGUGUAGUGACUUUUUCACUGGAAAUGGAAUUAAUCUAAUUGAGGUUGAUGCUACCAACAGAAAAGGCAUAAACAGAGUUAGGCAUUUGAUUGAAAAUAUACCAGCAUCCGCAACUUCUUCACGGUACAAAGUAUUUGUUGUUGAUGAAUGCCAUAUGGUAUCUUCUAAAGUCUGGUCAGCAUUUAUGAAAUUUCUUGAUGAACCGUUGCCUCGUGUUGUCUUCAUAUUUAUAACAAUAGACCCUGAAAACCUCCCUCGUUCUGUCAUAUCACGUUGUCAAAAGUACAUGUUCGCCAAGAUCAAAGACAUUGACAUAGUAUGCCGACUGAGGAAAAUUGCUAUGAAGGAAAACCUUGAUGUUGAAUUGGCCGCUCUAGAUUUGAUAGCGCUAAAUUCAGACGGUUCGUUGAGAGAUGCAGAGACAAUGUUAGAUCAAUUGUGUUUACUAGGGAAGAAGAUAACACCAUCACUUGUCAAUGAUCUGGUUGGGGUUGUGUCCGAAGAGAAACUCCUUGACCUAUUGGAGAUAGCCAUGUCAUCAGACACUGCUGAAACAGUCAAAAGGUCAAGAGAGCUGAUGGAUUCUGGUGUUGAUCCAAUGGCACUAAUGUCACAAUUAGCUGGGCUUAUAAUGGACAUCAUUGCUGGGACCUAUAGACUAGCGGAUCCUACUUGCGGUGGAGAUGGAAUUGGCGGUCGAAAUAUAACUGAUGCUGAGUUGGAAAGAUUACAACAAGCAUUGAGGAUUCUUUCUGAUGCUGAAAAACAGAUAAGACUUUCAAGCGAGCGUUCGGCAUGGUUCACUGCAGCUUUACUCCAGCUUGGGUCAGGUCAUAAUUCAGAAAUAACCCAAUCAAGAAGCAGCAGUAAGCAAAGCGUUAAAGCAACCAGUGAAACCAUGAUGGAAUCAGUGAGAGAAUCCUCUGCAAGCAGGACUACAUCUCAUCCUUUAUUCACUUUCCGUGAUUCAAAGAAAGCAUUGGAUCUCAAAACAACCAGUGGGCACUCCAGUCCUCAAGUCCCUUCAUUGUCGUCCAGGAUGAAACCCAACGACAACGUUAUUUAUGGUGAAUGUAGGUCUGUUGAUAGAGCAUUACUGGAUUCUGCUCAAACAAGUAUUCCUUCUGAACAAAGGCCUACAAAUAGUGGAAUCUCAGAUAACCUUACCAGAGUUUGGUUGAAAUGCAUAGAGAACUGCCACUCGAAGACAUUGCGGCAGCUUCUACAUGAUCAUGGGAAACUAGCAUCUGUCAAAGAAUGCGAAGGCACUAUUGUUGCUUUUAUAGCAUUUGAGGACAACGAUAUAAAGUUUCGAGCCCAAAGGUUUGUUAGCAGCAUCAGGAACUCAAUGGAAACUGUACUGAAAUGUAAUGUGGAAGUCAGGAUUUGUUUAAUGCAAGAAUUUCUCGCCGGUGGACUACAGCAUCAGGCGUACCCGGAUGAAACAGGCGAGUCUGAUGUCUUGAGUUGCUCAACAAACAGUGAGCAUCCGAAAGGAGUUCUGAACCCAUCAGCUGCUGGUGGUGGACUGCAGUCAAGCAACGUUCCCAUGGUCAUCUCUGAUGGAAAUUCUGGAAUACAUAGAACAAGAUCGCAGGAGGUCUCUGUUGAACAGUUGAAGACAGCAGGUCGUGAUGAGCAAAGGUUAGAGAGUGCAUGGCUCCAGGCUGCUGCAAAACACACAUCUGGUGUGUUAAAUCAAGCAAGACCUGAGAGAAAUCAAGUUCUUCCACAAACCGGUGGUCAGCAUCAUGGGAGGUCAUCAAUGGCCACCGUUGUUCCCUCAAGGCAUGUUGACAAGGAUCUGACUAGUGGACUGAAAGCCUUAAAGAUCAGUGACAGUCAUGGUCCCCAGAUAUGUCAGAAUGUACAGACAGAGAAUGGUUAUGCUAUUUCACCAAGCCUCUUGCACAGAAACAACCAUUUGGCAAACUGUGACAAUGAGAGUGUGGUUUCUGAGUCCGGAGCACCAGGUUGCCACGGGCUCUUCCCAUGCUGGAAAACUGAAAAAACAAAAAGAAGAAAGGGAAAAGGGCAGACACGGCUGAGGCCAUCUUAAGUUGGCGAUUGACGAUGAUACAGCGAUCAUUGUGCCCCUGGGUUGUGGAGAAAGGUUGAAAAGACGCCUGUCUGCGCCUCACAAAACUGCCUUGUUUCAUUCUUUCUAGGGGAUUUAUGAUGGCCAAAUCAUUAUAUUUUCCUUGCAUUUAUGCUUCUGCUCAGAGGAUUCAACAUUUUCAACGCACGCACUCAGCAAAGGCAGAGUGAUGAAGGUUGGAUAUGCAGCGUAAAUGUUGAGCAUGCAGAUUUUAACAAAUCCUUCUGAUCCGUCAAUGCUUGCUGUACAGACAUUUGGAUGUGUAUGCCCUUGCCAACUCGCAGGGCUGAGGCUGAGGCGUCGGCGCAGUUAGGAAACAACCAUUAGCGAGUUGAUCAGGCACACUUAUUUUUGUGCAUUGUUUUUACGGCAUUUGACAGCAUUUGAGUUUACCUUACAUUUGUUGUUCUACCAAGUACCAACCCUUAUUGUUAUAAGAAAGGAAGACCCCAUCUCGUUUUAACUUAUGAUGAUCUUAUCAAGUCUGUACAAGAACUGGUAUCUCCUGUAUUUUCCAGAUUUAUCAUUGUAUUGCCCAUCCUAAUCAGUUGCAUUUGCUCAAACA